AUGAGCUGUCACAUAUGCGCCUCCUCCCACUCCCGCCUGCCAUUGCUCUGUCCAACAUGCGCCCGCAAUCUUCUUUACCGGCUGCGUCUGGAAAACACCCAGAUACUUCUGGAGAAGGAAGCCCUAGGGCGCCAGGUUGAAGCUUCGCUUUCUUUUGAUGGGUCCCACAAACAAUCUGCAACGACUGAAGGGAACCGCCCAGAUACCGAUCAUGAGAGCUCUCGACGCUGGGCCUUGCAGGCUAUUUCCAGCCAACAAGCUACUUCGUCGGUUAGGAGAGAAGAUAUAAAUCGGCAUAUCGAAGCCUUGAAUGAGGAUAUCAGGGCCAAGAAGGCUCAUAUUUCAGAACGCAAGGCGACUCUGUCCCGCAGGCGUUCUGAUGCGGAUUCAGCGCAGUAUCAGCUGGAGGAGCGGGAGGCCGCGACCUUGACAGGCAUCCAGAACACAAGCAAAAGAACAGAGCAUCUCUGGCAUUCCUUGCACAGCAAGACAGCAGAAGCCCGAAUUUUUCUAUGUCGGGAGGCUGCUCAUAUUUACGGCCUACGGCAAAAGACGUCGAGGAGGAAUGAGGCCGGGUUAGCCUACGUGCUGGGAGGAGUUUCCCUGGUAGACUUGAAGGACAUGAAUGGAAAGUCUUCUGUAUCGCGCGCGCUCUCUAUAUCUACGUCACUAUCUAACAUUGCUCGACUCCUUGUCCUCGUCUCGCAUUACCUUUCCCUCAGGCUCCCCGCUGAAAUUACUCUUCCACACAAAAACCAUCCUAUUCCCACAAUAUUUUCCCCCGCGGCAUCGUACCAGUCGCAUGAACUGCCAGAUGGAGCCGUCGGCCCUCGGUCUGUGACAUCCAGCCCAACGACAUCCAAAACGAGAGAUACGCGAGCUCAGCCGCGACCUAGGCCACUGCUUAUUGACAAGCCUCUACCCCGGUUAGCCAAGGAAGACCCUGGAACCUAUGCUCUCUUUCUCGAGGGAGCCACCCUCCUCGCUUGGGAUGUCGCUUGGUUGUGCCGGACGCAAGGAAUCAACCUAGCCUCGGACUCAUGGGAAGACGCAUGUAACAUCGGCAAGAGCAUGUGGCAGCUUCUGGUCGCUCCACCGGCCCAGACGUCCAAUUUGAUGCGCGCUUUUGCUGGCCGGGACACACAGGCCCGGAUGAAGCCCACCAAAGACACUCCACAGACGACCAUCCAGCGCACGAAGUCAUUCCCUAUGCUAGGCCACUACUCUCAUGGCACUGCGCACUCUUUUCUCGGCGCAUCCGAAGGAACUGAGUUUAUACGAUCAUGGAAACUGCCGACCCCAACGAAGAUUGCGGACAAAUUGAAAUCAAGUCUUCUUGGAGAGAUGGCAAGCGCGGAAUGGGAACUACUGGAAGAGAAGGAAUGGGAUGACGGCACUACAGAGCCCCAUCUACCAGCGGUAUCGACCGCGCACAAUGAAUCGAACACCCUCAACUCACCCGCCUCCCAAAACAAGCCAAGCGAGGACCUAGACACUCAAACAUCUCCGCAGGUGUCAGAUGAAGCUCGUCGGCCGAAAGGCACGAGUGGUUGGACGAAGCUGAACAGUAGAUAG